AUGCUUGAAAAUUCUUUGGAAUUCGGAAGUUCUCUUCGCUCGCAAUUUCUUUUAGAUGAUAAAUACAUUUCACUUAACCAUGGUUCAUAUGGCACAUACCCUAAAUCAGUAAGAGAAGCUUUACGUGAAUUUCAAGAUAGGUCUGAAUUUAGACCAGAUCAAUGGAUGCGCCGAGAUUUAGAAAUUGAGUUGACCAAAGCUAGAGAAACAAUUGCAAAUUUUGUUAAUGCAGACACAGAUGAAGUUGUAUUUAUACAAAAUACUACAACAGGUAUCAAUGCUAUAUUGAAAAGCUUAACUUAUGUAGAAGGAGACAAGCUACUUUUUCUUUCUACCGUUUACAAUUCUGUAAGAGAAUUAUUGUAUUUUACAAGAGAUAAUAAUGAUGGGAAGGUGCAAUUGAUUGAAUUGGAAGUAAAUUAUCCAAUAACUGAUGAAGAUUUAAUUUCUAAAAUUGAAAAAUGUAUUGAGGAAGAAAAACAAAAUCCAAAUUCAAGAAUUAAGUUAGCGGUCAUUGAUGCAAUUUCUUCAACACCUGGUGUCGUUGUUCCUUUUCAAAAGAUUAUUAAAAUACUUCGAAAACAUGACAUUAUUUCCGUGAUAGAUGGUGCUCAUGCAAUAGGUCAAAUCCCUCUUGAUCUUAAAGAAUUUGAUCCUGAUUAUUUCGUAACAAAUUGUCAUAAAUGGUUAUAUACUGUUAGAGGAUCUGCGCUUUUAUAUGUGCCAUUUAGAAAUCAAAAAAACAUUCGUCAUCCUAUUGUUAGUGCUCUUUGUAAUAGUGGAUUUGUUAAGGAAUUUUCUUGGGUUGGUACGCAAGACUUUAGCUCUUAUCUGACAAUUCAUCAUGCUUUAGCAUUCCGUAAAAAACUUGGUGGCGAAGAUAAGAUUCAGUCGUAUUGUAGGAAUUUGGCUAUUAAAGGUGGUAAACUAAUUGCUUCCAUUCUUAAUACAGAAAUAUUAGGUCCUGAAUCAUCAAUUGCUCAUAUGGUCAACAUUCGACUUCCAAUUAAAGUCGAUGAUGGGAAACCAAAUAUAUUUGAAUCAGAAUUUCACGAAUUGAUGUUUAAUAAAUAUAAUUGUUACGUUAUGGCGUUUAAACAUGCAGAUAAGUUUUAUGUUAGAGCUAGCGCUCAAGUUUACACGGAUUUGAAGGAUUUCGAAAAAGUUGGAUACAUAUUGAAAGAAAUUUGUGAUUCUACUUCGCUUACGAAAUACAAGUUAUAG